GGGCAGAACGCCAGAACCUAACCAACAUGAGAGUUGAGACCACAGUAGAAUAAGGCUACCCAGUGCCCGCCACUUUCCCAUCUUGCUCUUGCCUCUCCACUGUUCUGCUUCCGUCAGACCUGUCACCGAAAUCGUCUUUUACUUCCGCUCCGUCUCGUCCCCUGACUCCCGCCGCCUUCUUCUCCUUUCAGCAACAACAAUGGCGAAAUUGCUAUCAAGUAUGCUCUUGAAGGGGUUGACUAAUCCAUCGGCAUCGCGGUCUAGUAGAUUUGCGACUGGAUGGGUUCACCCUACUGGAAGAUACUCGUCUACAGUCCCUAGUGAUCCUGACACUCAUGAAGACUUCCAUCCAAGUAAUAAGACCGGGAAUGCUAAAGCUUCUUUGAAAGAUAUUGUUGAGCAGGAUGUGAGAGACAAUCCUGUGAUGCUAUACAUGAAAGGUGUGCCUGACUAUCCUCAGUGUGGAUUUAGUGCAUUGGCCAUAAGAGUACUGAGACAGUAUGAGGUUCCACUAAGUGCUAGAAACAUUAUCGAGAAUCCGGAGCUCAAAGACGCUGUGAAAUCAUUCAGCAACUGGCCAACAUUUCCGCAGGUUUUCAUUAAAGGGGAGUUCAUUGGCGGGUCUGAUAUAGUUCUCAAUCUGCAUCAGAAUGGUGAACUGAAAGAGAUGCUCAAAGAUAUUGCAGCCAACGACAAGUCCGAAUGAUUUGAACUUGAAGAGGGUGGAGGGAUAGUUCAUCAAAUGCUGCUCUGUUUUCUUUGUAUUUUUUGUUCCUGUUGACAAGGACAGAAGGUGGUUUAGUGUAGAUUACAUGUAGAAGCUUUCCUGGUAGCUGUGGCCAUGAAAAAUAAUAAGAGCUAGAUUACCUGUGUAAAAGAAUGAGGGCUAGCUCCUGGUAGAAUACAUGUAUUAAAACGAUCGAGAUUUGCGAAUCUAUGAAUGACCAUUCAGAUGAUUAUAUUACUAUAAAUAUGUUUUUCUUUUACA